UGUUAAAAAUCUGAAUUAGUAUGUACAGUUCUGGUAUCAAAAUGUUUCAUGUCAUAGGUUUGCGUAUUAUCAGAAACUUAUUUGAGCAAGGGUAUACUCAGAAGGAGAUGGUUAAAGUAAUUGAAGUGUUUGGAGGAGGAAAAAUAUCGGAUCGCCAACUGAGAAGACUUUUGCACAAAAUGAAAUUGUUUAGAAGGAGUAAUGACCGCCCCAAAAAAGAAAUUUUUGCUGCAGUUGAGAGUGAAUUAAAAAAGUGGCCCCCAAUGAAAGGUGUUCGAGCUAUGUAUAGACGUGUGAGGGACUUCAGAGGAAUUCGACCAUGCUAUCGAAAUGAUGUACAUGAAGUAAUGCGUCAAUUGGAUGCAAGGGGUCUGCACAGACGACAGCCAGGAAAUCGCAAAAUUCUGAGAUGCCAGUACUCAACAAAAGGCCCCAAUCACACUUGGCACAUUGAUGGAAAUGAUAAAUUGCGUUUUUAUGGAAUCUGGAUUCAUCUGUGUAUUGAUGGAUAUUCAAGACGUGUUAUAUGGCUACAUGCAGGGACCUCCAAUCGGAAUCCACGUUUCAUUGCUAGAUAUUUUCUUGAUGCUGUGGAAACAGAAAAUGGUUGUCCACGCCUUGUGAGAGCAGAUAGGGGUUGUGAAAAUUCUUUAGUUGCCAUUAUACAGAUGUCUUUUAGAUACUGUCACCAUGACAGCUUAGCAGGAGUUAACAGUUUCAGAUAUGGGAAGUCUAUACAUAAUCAAGUAAGUAUAAAAAAAAAUACCAAUUUGUUUUAUAUUUCAUUAUUGUGGCUUUACCUUUAAAGAUGAAAAAGCUAUGUACAGUAGGAAAAUGCACAUGCUUUCAACAAUUACUGCUUCGUAAAUCCUAUCACAAGUAAUAUGAUGUGUGACAAUAUCCCUUGCGAGUGUUUGCUGACAGGAUUUUAAAUGACUGAAUUUAAU